GUCUGCCCUGUGUGUGUGUCUCCUCUCACUGUCUGCCCUGUGUGUGUUUCUCCUCUCACUGUCUGCCCUGUGUGUGUUUCUCCUCUCACUGUCUGCCCUGUGUGUGUUUCUCCUCUCACUGUCUGCCCUGUGUGUGUGUCUCCUCUCACUGUCUGCCCUGUGUGUGUUUCUCCUCUCAUUACUCACACUGCUGAGUCAGCUCACUCUGUGAUCUCCUUUCCAGCUGUCACACUGCCUGUUCCAGUUCCAAACUUCUACAGAUGUUUACAUACAGCUCUUUCAUGUCUUUCCUUUCUUUAAUACCAGGGAGAACGUCCUCCAUGCCCCUAUACUCUGCUUAUAAAAAUUCCCACUAAUGCCCCUGUCUAUUAGUUUCUCUCCUCCUUAAUUCCCAGGAAAUAUCUGCAUCCUCCCUGUCCCCUCCUCCCAUUCUCUCCACCCUCACCCUCUCCCCUUCCUCCCUCCCCCUCUUCCACCUUCUUUCUAUUCUGCCCUCUCCCCAUCCCUCCUCUUCCCCUCUUUGUAUUCUGCUCCUCUUCCUCACCCUCCUUCCUCUGCACUCCCUCCCAACUUUCUAACUCAAUAUGGCGAAAUCCUAUGAUCACCUUUUCAAACUCCUUCUUAUCGGGGACAGUGGAGUGGGGAAGACCUGUUUGAUCGUCAGAUUCUCAGAGGAUAGCUUCAACAGCACCUACAUCUCCACCAUAGGUAAGUGAGUCUGUUUACACAAUAUUUGGGAAGGGGUGACAGCACUCCCCCAAAAGUAACUUUCUGCUCCCCCCCCUCCCUUCCCAUCAGUCAGUAUACAUCGCAGUCACUGUUUGCUGGGUUUAUUUCACAUCCUGGAACUAACUUUCAAUCCCAUUAGUAAUCUGCUCCUCAUUAUAAUUCAAGGAAUAAAAGUUAGAAUAAUUAAAAAUUUAGCAAUCAGCACGGACAUUCCAUUGGUUUCCAUGACGACUGCUAACUUUGUAUCGCUAUCCCAGACCCUGCUUGUCCUUUAUAAUGUGAACCCCACUCAGGAUUAAUAAUCAUCAAAGUUUGAGUGUCCCUGAAUUCAAAGCGAAUUUUAUAUAUAUAUUAUAUAUAUUUAUUUUUAGGACAAAACUGGAAAACUUUUCCCAGUCAUUUAUGGGGUAUGUUUACUAAACUCUGACAUGCAGUGGAUUUAAACUCAAAUAGCAAGAUUUAGGUUCAACAGCUAAGCUGUUAUUAUAAAUGAGUUGGAUUUUGUUUUUUGCAAGUCAGCUUUCAUUACCUAAACUAUUCAGUUUGGAUUUUAUUAAGAUACAACUUGCUGUUCAAUUAAGUUUCAUGACUUUGGCCUACAAAGUUAAAUUUACUUCCUAAUUCCUAACAAUUCAAAUUUAAGUGAAUAAUCCUGAAACUGCGGUGAAUUGAAAUCAGAUUUCCAAAUUUAGGAAGAGGUAGUUUUAAUUUGGCAAAAUGCUCUAACUCUGCUAUAGAAACAGAUUGGCUAUUUAAAGGGACGCUACAGGCACUCACACCACUUCAUCUCAUUGAAGUGGUCUGGAUGCAGUGCCCCUGUCGGCUUAACCCUGCAAUGUAAAACAGCGUUGUUUUAGAGAAACUGCAAUGUUUACAUUGCAAGGUUAAAGCAGCGCUGUCAUCCCCACUCACCAUGACAAAUUAGUAUUUCAUUAAUAUAGAUUUUUAUAAAAUAUUCAAUUUUAUUUUUCUGGAAUUAAACUGAGAUUCCAAUUGAGUCAAGAGAUAUACAGAGACAAAAUAGGAGACGGCUUUAUCCCUUUAUAUUUCCUCCACCUGACUUUCGUAGACUCUGGGCGGAACCAUAAUGUCAUCCCGAUGGCUGCAGGGAAUAGGCUCUGUCUAUGGAGGGUGUUGCGGGAGCCUCAAUGCUGUAUUUGGGCAUGCACGAGGCUGAUGUGACAGGAGCUGAAGAGGACGCACAGGAACAAGAGGGCUGCGCUAGCUCGCUAGGGACAGGUUCCGUUAACAAAUCUCACCUUCGCCUCUCUCCCCUGUCCACUGUCCAGGGGGUCUUUUUAAAAUACUCAGGAAUUAUAUUGCUGUUACAGAGACACUCUAAACUUGUUUAAAAAAAAAAAAAGUUUCCAUAGUUCAUUAGGAGAUGGAGUAAAGAAAGUUUAUCCUGUCCAAAAUCCCAAUCUCAACAAGACAGUCAUUCAUUAGUUUCAUUAGGCUCAUUAGUAAUGCUUAAUUAAUAUUUCUAGGCCCAUCACACUACAUUGACUACAGUGAUGUCACCAACUUGAGCCUAUUUUAACAAUAAUGCAUUGUUUUUAUGUGGGUCACUUUUUGCUGUGAAUGUUUGAUGCUGAGUAGAUUGCUAGCUCUUUGACAAAGGUUCUGGCUCUUCUGCUUUCUGACCUCUUGUUGCAGCUAUAAGGGAUUUAUUCAAUAAGCCAAGACAAGAAUUAUGGAGAAUUGACAAGGGAAUUGCAUUAUUUAGGCAAGAAUAGCUGAAUGGGGUAAAAAAAAGUCUCAGAUUUUUUAAAUUAUUAUUUUUUUACUACUUUGCUAUUUUGGCCUAAAAAAAUAAAACUCCAAUUUGAAUUUUCCACAAUUUAUCUUUUUUUAUGACUAAACCACUUAACAUAAAAAAAAACAAAAAACGUAUGUACAACAUUCCGAACUGUGGCAAAUUAAAUUUGAAUGGUAACAUUAACUCUAAACUUGCCACACUCUGACUAUAACUGGCUUGGAGAAUUUCUCCAAAUCUGUUUUUGUUGUAUAAUUUUCUUUUUUUUUUCCAUUCAAUACAAAUCCAUGUUUGGUGAAUAACUUUAAAAGUGCCUCUAUCUCACCUUUUAUGAAUGUCUUUAUGGAAAUUCUACCCUACAGGGCUUUAUUAAAAGAUUUGCUGCCGUAAUGAUUCAUGUUCCAAACGUAUCUCUGAUUAGGCACGUGGUUUAGUCAUCUUUGCCAUUAAAGCAGGUCUGCAACCCUACCCCCAAAUUCAGAAGUUCAUAAAGAUAAAAUCUUAUUGAAAGGCUCACAGUGAUUGUGUUGGUAUUUCACUAAAAUUCCAACGCUGUCAGAAGAUAUCAUAAGACAAAAUAAGGGCUACUUCGUUUUACGUAUUUUUCAUUCCACUUGAUUUAAGGCCUAGUUACCGCUGUCAUUCUAUGUCUAUUCCCCCAGCUGUCAUUAGUGAUGGUUGUGAGGAAAAUGGUAUUGUGUAUGGAUAUUUCAUUCUCGUGGGAUCCUCCAUAGACAUCAGUGUUAUACCUUCUUGCAUGCACGAAAGAACAACAUUGACAUGGGCUCCUGGCAAACAAAGUGCCAGGAACAAAAGAUGGUGACAAUUCCAAGGGACAGGUUCAGGUAACUAAAACCUACCUUCCCCUGGGCCACCGCACACCCAACGGCAAUAUCAUCGGGUGUCUCUGGCAAAAAUGUAAAGAACUCAGCAGGUGACAGAGCCGCUUUAAUAGCUACCAUGAAUGCUAUGUGUUCAAGAUUGGCAAAAAUAAAUGUCCUAUAAUGGCUAUAUACUAUGUUUCAUUGUCCGUUCCGAUCAUUAUCCCUUAUAGUGUUUAUGAAAAUAAGAAAUUCCUAAUUAUUAAAUCAAUCCUUCUACGUGUGAGCCAGGGAUUUUCCAGUCGCUGUAGUUACACCACAUGCAUUGCACCAACAUAGAUGGCAGCACUCUACAAUACCAAACAAUGACAAGAAACAAAUUGGCAUGCAGCAACAAGCAGAGACCUGGAUUCUGUUAGCUGGAGUUGGCUGUUCCGAGACUGUUUGGGCUAGAUUAUUCCUAGGGAAUACACCAACACAGUUAAAAAAAAAAAAAAAAAGAUAGCAAAUUUAAUAUAGAGAAAUAGACUGUUCCAACCCUUUCUUGGCAUCAGUGCCGUGUAUCCACUUCCUUUUUCAGGAAAAAUGAAUUAAGGCAAUUUUGGUUUUUUUACCAUUUGUCUCCUGCUGUAAUACAGUGGUUCCUUAAUGUGUUUAUUUCAACAGGUAUUGACUUUAAGAUCAGAACAACAGAAAUCCAAGGCAAGAAAAUAAAACUACAAGUUUGGUGAGUUUAUAUGAAAUACUAAAACGAGGUUAUUUUGUUCCCAUUUGUGCCUCGGGUCAUAGCAACCUCGCUGAGGCUGUGUAAAUUCAACAUAAAUGAACAAGCAGUUAAUAAACAAUUUUUUUAUUUGCUUUCUGUGUGGGUUUCAGGUGGAGAAAGUUUGUUAGGACAGAUGGUGAAUGUUUGAGUCAACAGUUUUGUGUAGUGUAGAUAAGAUAUUAUUAAGGUAAAGAAGGAUUUCCAGCACUGAUAACAGUCCCCCUCACAACAAAAAUCCAAAGAGAAUAGUUCCUAGGGUGAAAGUUUGCUGGUAGCAAUGACCUGUUUAAUAUAAAAAAGUUUCUGUUUCGUUCUAAAUGGGUGCCCUAGUUUGGUGAUGAAGUUGUCAAGUAAUGGUUGGCAUUGCUCUGUCUGAAAAUCACAACCCCAGAUUUUAUUUUGACGUGUGACACACAAGUUGCAGACUGUCCUCCCAAUAACCCAACAACGCAGCUCUGUCACACGGUGUAAGGAAAACUGGGGUAAUGUUUAACGCAAUGAAGCCCUGAUUGGCCACCGUACCGGGCAACAUGUCACCCUGACAGUGUGCACUCUGAAUACAUUCCCUGUUUGCAGCAUGGCACGUCAUCAGUGAUUCUGAACUUGCCAAGUCUGCAAUUAGCAGUUCUGUCCCAGUGCGAAAGACUGUGACUCUUUGACCCAUGAAUUCACUGUUAACAACAGGGAUGUACUUUGUGCUCAUGCAGUUUAGGAAUGAAACUGCUUUUGUAAAAUGACUUUCAAACAUAAAGGGUUUCAUUCACUAAACAGUGACUGCAGUGAAUGGAAAACCAGAUAGCUAAAUUUCAGCAAAUUUGGAAGAAUUCUAGAACGCUGCUAAUCACUGCUCCCCCAGUGCCUUAUAAGGUUUGUGUUAAUAUAUCAGUGUUCACACCGUAGACAGCACUAUUGGAUUAUUCACUAAAUGGUGAUUUAUUUAUUUAUUUUGAAAAGUCCUGUUUUUAGGAAAAGAAAAUAGCUGAAUUGAAAUAAUUGUCCUGUUGUCAAUUGUGCAUUGCGGGAGAGAGAUACGGGCACAGGAUCCUCUAUAGACAAUGUGUUUUUCCCUACAAUUGUCACUGACCACUUAAGGAAAUGACAAAUCUUGAUGGCAGUAGUUUAGCCUAUUGUCAACGUGUUCAGCAGGGUUACCCAAAAGCUAAAAACUCUGAUGUUUUAAGAUGACAGCUUCCAUGAUGUUUGUCAUUCUAAAAGCAUGCAAAGCAUCAUGGAAGUUGUAAUUCUACAAUAACUGGGAAUCUACCUUUUUUGUAGAUCCCUGGUGUAGAGAAUAUACUAUUCCAACACAGUCCAAAGAUAUCAUAAGCAUAAGAUAUCAAAAUAGCCUCUUUUAAAUCUGGAUGGUUAAAUCCAAUACUGUGACUGUGAGUAUUUCAUAAAUUUUUUUAGAGGGGAUGGUGAUAACAGAGUCACUUAAAAUAAAUAUAAAAAAAAUAAGAUCUUUCAAAAGAACAAUCUAUAAGGGACUAGUUAAUGUCUUAAUUCACAUUUAAAUAUUAUCACUACUCUGAUCUAAAAGGCCCAUACAGUUAUAAAAUAAUUACACCAAGCUUAUACUAAGUAACUUUUUCUAUUGUUAAUGCCAACUGGAAUUAAAGGAACAGUAUAGCAUCAAGAAUACAAACAUGUAAAUGACAUGGAUUAAAAGGUACAUGUUGGGGUGUCUUAUAAACAUAUCAUUUGUUUGUUCUCCAUACAGGGACACCGCAGGACAGGAGAGGUUUAAAACUAUCACCACUGCCUAUUACCGGGGAGCCAUGGUAUGUAGAUGCUGUAUAUUUGCAUCAGUGAACAGCUAUCGCUAACUUUCACAGAUCGUGGAGAGGAGAUAUAUGGUUGGAGCAAUAAAGAUAUAUCCUGUUUUAUUUGUGUACCGAAUGUUAACAGAUGCUUUUUACAUAAGUGAUACAUUUAUCCAAGCGAAUCUUGUUUGGCAUAAUGGAGAUGUAAGUGUUCUAAUCUGCGGCAAUGUUUUAUUUCCAGGGGAUUAUAUUGGUUUAUGAUAUCACGGAUGAACGAUCCUUUGAAAAUAUUCAAAACUGGAUGAAAAGUAUUAAAGAGGUACGAGGGGUGGAAUGCAAGGAGGGAGAAUGUCCAGAGGUUGAUAAAUGCAGGGGGAACAAAGGACAUGAAAUAAGUGGAGACCAAACUGUGAAUGGAUUUCACUUGAUAAUUCAGAUAUUCUCUUUAAUUGCAGACACUAGUCAUUAGGUUUAAUUUAGAACCAGGAUACUGGAUGAAUAAUUAGGAUUUAGAAUCUACUAUAUUUAUAUGUAAAUGGGGGUUUUAUGUCUUGGAUCUAUAUAUUAGGUAGCAGUUAAAUCUAAAACCUAUUGAGAUUAUCAAAGUAUAAAUUGGUUAAAUGUGGGUGUGACCAGUAAUGAUUGGCAAUGGCUAGUUGCUGUUCAAGUUGACUAGUAAAGUCACAGACUGAGUGAUAGUAUCUUGGAAUGGCUGGUUAUAGCUAGGUGUGUCAGUUCUGGGAAUGGCUAGUUGUGAAUCUUGGUGUGAUUGAUCAGGUCUGUGGUUGGCUAAUCCAAGCUAACACAGACUGGUAGAGUCUGAGAUUGGAAUGAAUGGUUCUGUCUAUGACUGAUGAGUUCAGGGAAUGACUAGUUCAGUUUAAUCUGUAAUUGUUCAGCAUUGGCUUCUUUUUUAUUGAUAAGUUAUUGGGUAUAUCUGUGGUGACUAUUUGGAAAUGGGAAGGAGAAGACUUUCUUGCAGCUCCUUGUUAUCUGAUUUUUUUUUUCAGAAUGCAGCCGUAGGCGUGGAGAGAAUGCUUCUUGGCAAUAAAUGUGACAUUGAAGUUAAAAGAAAAGUUCCAAAAGAGCAAGGGGAGAAGGUGCGUUUUUUUAAAGUAUUCUUUUCAAUAGCACGUACCCAUAUUUGUCUGUGUGCAUCUUGUGUGUGUGUGUGACAUCUGUUUGUGUUCUAUAUGCUGGUGAUAUGUGUUUUUUGUGUAUAUGUUUUUGUUGUCUAUAUAUUUGGUAUACAGGUGCUAUCAUCCCCGUCCUCAAGGCACACAAAUAGUCAAUGGUUUCGUUAUUUCCAUUUCUAUUCAAAUGAGGAUAUUAAUAAAUCAGGGACUUUUUAUUGGACAGCCAGUCAUUGCUAGUCCCACAUUACCAAUGCGGCUGAGGUAGUGGGUUUCUGACAAACCAUUACUAAACUGUUUGAUAUAUAACCAGGUGAGACACCAGGACACUCCAGGCAAUGUAAACCAUAUAACAAGCUGUAGUAGCUAUGUUUAGAGUUCCUGUUUAAGAAUCCUGCAGUUUGUCAGUUGUGGUUGGAGUAAAACUUCCAUUAGUUCCAACCAGUACGAUGAGUGCUAGUUGCCUAAUCGCAGUGAGCCUUGCUUGAUUUCUUUUAAGCAUAGCUGCGGGGAGGACCUUGCCAAGUGAUAGUGCUGUGAUCAUUGUAUAUUCGUUUUUAUUUUGCUCAUUACAGUGUAUAACAUAAAGUAUUGCAUGAUACGUUACAAAACAGGAUGCUAAACAUCAAGAAUUAUUACGAGGACAUAGAGUAUAACAGUCAGUUGAGUUCCAGUUCAUAGACGCAGAAACACAACAGUGCAAAUAUAUUGUACAGGUCAUAUGAUGUCGCGGCCCAGUGGGUGUAAUUUGGAGAUACUAGUGUGACUUCUGUUUCAGGCAAUGUGUCUAAUUCUUGAAAGCGACCCACUGCUGGGAGAAACAGGCAUCAGUAUAUAAUAUUAAAUGGGUGUCCUAGUUCAGUCUACUUGGUUGGUGGAGUGAAUAAAAGUCUACCAGGGCUCCAGGUGUCAGUGUAUCUGGAAUAUUUUUUUGAGGCUGAAAAUGGGAUUUUCUUCUGUUACUCAUAUGGUUUCUACCCUUUGAAUCCAUUCCCUGAUGGAAGGGGUCUGCAUGUUUCCACCGGGCCGAGAUGAGUUGACUUGCUGCGGUGAGGAGGUGGGUUAUCAAGGAGGAAUGGUGCCUGGCUAGGGAUCAGGGCAGCCGGAGAAACCUUUUGCAUUCAGGAGAAAACGUGAUUUGGGCAUUUGUUAUUGAUUGGAUGAGUGCAUGUAUGCGUUUCCAGAAUUUGAUGAUCAAUGCUCAUUGCCACCAUAUGUGGGAGGUAUGUACAUCAGGCUGGUGGCAUCUCCAGCUAGCGUUGGAUGUGGUCGAGUGAUGUUGACUCAGUUUUGCUGGGUGGUAAUGCCAUCUGGUCAUGCGCCUAUAGUUACUCUUGAGUGCUGAGAUAAGUGAAAGAUUUUUGUGUCUGCAGGAAUAUGUGUUUUCAUUGGGCCUUGGAGAGGGAGAUCGAAAACUCGCUUGACCAUUUUUCCAUGAAGGGCUAAAUGGCCUGGUCCCGGACAGGCUGUAAUAGGCUAUACAUAGAUGAGAGGAGUUUAUUUUUUAUGGGGUUGGUAGGGCAGAUUUAUUCGAGUUUUAUCAGUUCUUGGUUCCCUGCUGGCAAUAAAUUGGUGCAUUUGAUAAAAUGGACCAGUUGAUUGUACUGGAAAUGUUGUAAACCCAUGGGUUCUGGGCUAUGGAUUAUCAUGGUCAGGGGUUGGAUCCCUUGCUCAUUGAAUAUUGAGUGAAGUGUGAGGUAUGUCGUGGUGUAGUAAUUUCUAUGUUUUGCCCGAUUUCUCCCUCUCUGAAUAGAGGGUUGUGGAGGGUGUAUAGGGGGGAUGGCGGAGGUGACAGGUUCACUGAUUGUCUCGUGGACUACCAUAUGCAAAGGGUGGCGGUAAUGGUUGGGUGAUCUCUAUGUUGCAAGAAUUGCUGAUUAGAGUUGUGCCACGGGAGAGUGUAAAUGGGAACCUUAACAAAUGAGGCCUCAAUCUUGGCCCAUUGUAAGGCAUUGUCAGUUUUCGUCCAGUCAUAAUGUCUGGUCAAGUGUACCGCUUUAUGAUAGAGCUCGGCAUUAGGAAGUCCCAGGCCACCCUCCAUUCGGUGUUGGCAUAGAAUGGAAUAUGCUAAGCGGGGUUGUUCGUGUGACCAAAGAAAGGUCGUGACUAUUUUAGGUGUGGAGGCAAAAAAGUCUCUAGAUAGCGUGAUUGGUAAUACUUGCAAAAUGUAUAGUAGAUGUGGCAGAACAUAAUAAUCUUGAGGAUGCUGAGUCUACUGAACCAAUCAUACUGGGGUUCAUGCCAGGCUUUCAAGUCCUUGGAUAUUGUUGCUAAGAGUGGAGGGAAGGUAAGCUCAUCUAGGCAGUUUAGGUGAUUGGGCAAAGAGACCCCCAAGGCUUCAGUGGCCUCUAAAAAUGAAAGCUCUGUUUGUGUUUUGUCUUUUUCAGUGGGUGUACUCAGUGCCAAGAUUUUGUAUUUGGAAAAGUUAGCCUGGAAGUUGGAGAUCCUAUUGUACAGGGACAUUUCCUCGAGGAUAAAUAGGAGGGUUUGCAAAGGGUCCGUAAAGAGGAGAUCAUCAGCAAAUGUAGAGAUUUUAUAUUCAUCUCCACCUACCCUAAGACCCUGAAUCUGUGAAUUAUCCCUAAUCCCUUUGUUGGAAGGGAUCAAGAAUGAAAAUGAGGGGGAUAGUGGGCAUCUAUCCAGAAAUCUUGACCAGUUGGGAAAGUUACCUGUUUAUUGGCAGUCUGGCUGUUGGUGUUAAGAAGAUUGCUCGCAGCCAGCCGUGCCAGCGAGGGCCAAAUCCCAGGAACUGCAUUGUAGCUAGCAUCCAGGACCAGUCCACCCUUUUAAACGUCUUUUCAACAUCGAUUGAGAUUAAGACACUGGGCGUUUUGGAUCGUUUUGCUAAGUACAUCAGAUUGAUCAUUUUGGUGGUGGUGUUCUUUGCUUCUCUUCCCGGCACAAAGCCUGAUUGGUCAGGGUGGACUAGCCAGGGGAAGCAACGGCCUUAAUCUGGUGGCCAGUAUUUUGGUAAACUGUUUAAUGUCUGUAUUGAUGAGGGAGAUUGGCCGGUAGCUGCCACAGCUGGUCGUGUCCUUACACGGUUUAGGGAGCAAGGCUAUGGUGGCUACUAAAGCUGAGGGUGACAAGGCAGGAGUUAGCACCAAUGAGUUGAAGGAGUCUAAGAAGUGUUGGGAGAGAACAGAGGAAAAUAUUUUGUAAUACUUUGCUGUGAAGCCAUCUGGGCCAAGGCUCUUGCCUAGUGAGAGUUGUUUUGAUGUCUGUUUCAAUUCGUCUAGUGUGAUGGGGUGUUCUAGUGAGUCUGACACAUUGCUUAGAAUGGUGGAUUUGAUUUGUUUCGAGAGAAAAUAAUGUAUCUCUGAAGUGGAGGGUAGCAAAUCUCAGCUUUAUACAGCUUUGUUUAGAACUCUUGAAAAGCAGAGCUUAUGUCAGGCAUGAGGUGGACUGCUAGUUUAAUGGAGUUGAUGAAUAUUUGUUGUCUAUGUUGCUGAAGGGAUUGUGCCAGGAGGCGACCAUAUUUACCACCUUAGAUGUAGUACACUUAUUUAGUGAGUAACGUCCUACGUUUAGCAUGCCUGUUCAGUAGUGUAGUAGGCUCAGAUCUUUUAGCAGUUAAUGUUUUGUAGGUGUUCAACGAUUUAUCAGAUAUGUGUAGUUCUUCCAGCUUUGUAAUUUCGUUCAGUAAGAGUGUGGAUCAUUGCCUUUUCUGUGUCUCUCCGUCUAUAGCUCGCGAAGGAACACAAUAUUCGAUUCUUCGAGACCAGUGCAAAGUCCAGUCAGAAUGUUGAUGAGGUAAGCGAUGAGUUUAACUUGUAUUCUAUAUUUAAAGGAACACUAUAAUGUUAGGAAUAUAAGCAUGUAUUCAUAGAAACAUAAAAACAUAGAAUGUGACAGCAGAUAAGAACCAUUCGGCCAAUCUAGUCUGCCCAAUUGUUUAAAAUACUUUCAUUAGUCCCUGGCCUUAUCUUAUAGUUAGGAUAGCCUUAUGCAUACCCCACACAUGCUUAAACUCCUUUACUGUGUUAACCUCUACCACUUCAGCUGGAAGGCUAUUCCAUGCAUCCACUACCCUUUCAGUAAAGUAAUACUAACUGAUAUUAUGUUUAAACCUUUCCCCCUCUAAUUUAAGACUAUGUCCUCUUGUUGUGGUAGUUUUUCUUCUUUUAAAUAUAGUCUCCUCCUUUACUGUGUUGAUUCCCUUUAUAUAUUUAAAUGUUUCUAUCAUAUCCCCCCUGUCUCGUCUUUCCUCCAAGUUAUACAUGUUAAUAUCCUUUAACCUUUGUAAGUUUUAUCCUGCAAUCCAUGAACCAGUUUAGUAGCCCUUCUCUGAACUCUUUCCAAAGUAUCAAUAUCCUUCUGGAGAUACGGUCUCUAUUACUGCACACUAUACCAAAAAGUGAGGUCUUACCAGUGUUCUGUACAAUGGCAUGAGCACUUCCCUCUUUCUACUGCUAAUACCUCUCCCUAUACAACCAAGCAUUCUGCUAGCAUUAUCUGCUGCUCUAUUACAUUGUCUGCUUACCUUUAAGUCAUCAGAAAUAAUCACCCCUAAAUUCCUUUCCUCAGAUAUUGCGGUUAGGACUCUAUCAAAUAUUCUGUACUCUGCCCUUGGGUUUUUACUUCCAAGAUACAUUAUCUUGCACUUAUCCACAUUAAAUGUCAGUUGCCACAACUCUGACCAUUUUUCUAGUUUACCUAAAUAAUUUGCAAAAUUGGCUUAUCCCUCAUAAUUCAGUCUGACUCAGUUCUCAAAUAGGAAGCUCCUAUAUUGGCUUUUUUUGGGAGACAGCCACUAGAGGUGUGUUUAACCCUACAAAACGUCUUACAUUGCAGGGUUAAAAUGGCAUGGGACUGCACUCAGACCGCUCUAUUGAGAUGAAGUGGUUUAGGUGCCUUUAGUGUCCUUUUAAACUGCAUCUUGGGAACAGUAACUGGAUUUCAGUGCAAUCUAAAAAAUAGGGCCGGUGCAAGGAUUUUUGCCACCCUAGGCAAAACAAAUUUUGCCGCCCCCUUUGCUCAAACCACUCGUGCAGACUGACAUACACUGACACGCGCAGACUGACACACACGCACUGACCCAUGCAGACUGACCUGCACAAACACAAAUUCUUCACAAACACACAUUGGGAUGUCCGAUUAACCCUCUUACCUUGUGUUCCUGGCAGUUUCCCUGCGUCUGGCCGCCUUCAUUCCGUCUCAGCCCUGCUAUGCUCACAUAAAGGGCAAGGGGUGGCAGCGAGAAACUGAGGUGCCCUCGCGCUAUUGUGCCCAUGGCAGUCUUUGUGGGGGGCCUGGCUGAGCAGGCUGAAGUGGAUGCUGCCAGACCAGUGUUACACUGGGCGCUAGUCAGCAGAGAUGUAAGUGCUCCCUAGCGCCCGGUAACAUGGCUGGCGGCACGAUUUGUCGAACUUUUCCAAUGGGGCGGUCAAACGAAGCAGAGUGCAGGGCAAUAAAGACCCAGGGCCGGUGUCCUCCUUUGAGCAGCGCCCUAAUCGGCCGCCUAGUUGGCCUUUAGGAAGUGCCGAACCUGUCUAAAAAAAAAAAAUGCCUGCCUACACUCUAUUUUUUUUUAAAACAAUUGCGGUCAAUUAUUAAUCCUUUCACUCCCAAUAACAUGUAUGUUCAGGCAGUGGAGUUAUGCAUCCAUACCCCAACUCCUUGUAUACACACGUUUCCACUUUGAUACCGCAAAUGGAAUAAACAUUUUAUCCUGCUUUAUAACUCUGUUGCUCUGUGAAUCCUUUGAGGUUUUUCAAUGUUAAUUAAACUAAGCUAAACAUGUGUAUUUUUGUUCUUAAAAGUGUGGUAUUCACGGUGACUAGCGAAAUAUUUUUACAGGAAAAGAGGAUUGUUACGGUUAUUCAUUUAAUUUCAAAUACAUUUCAAUUCUCACUGCUUACAAAAAGUCUGGUAUUUGUCUGCUUUUAUUAUGGAAACAUAAUGCACUUAAUGUGCUCUAAAGACAUCAAAAUUAACCACUGAAUGUCAAGCGGACAUUAUUUUCCUAUAAUACAUCUUUUAAUGGGUCUUUUUUGUUACAUUGUAUGAUCUGGUCUGCCCCAAGAUUCGUUGGAGUUAUACUUCUGGGUAGUACCUACCAUUUACAGCUACGGUCCUAGAUUUAGGCCCUAUCCCUUUAUCGAUAUGCCAGGAGAAGAGCUGGGGGAGAGAGAAUCAUGCUGUCUCUCUCUAGGCAUAUCACUAAAAGGGAUUGGACCUAAAACAAAAAGCUGCUGCCUUGGAGUUUAAGUGCCACUAAUCUAAGGCAGGACACCACAUCUGUGGUAUAGUGCUGCUCUCACAUUAAAGGCUGUUCACGACACAUUGGUUAGUCACUCUGUGCCUUAUGGUUUUUAACUUCAAGAACACAUUUUAUAUAUCGGUUUCCUGAUUCGUGUGUAGAAUUAGUGACAUAGUUUUAUUCUCUCCCCAGGCUUUUAAUACACUGGCCAGUGAUAUCUUACUGAAAAUUACCAAGAGAUCGGUAUGUAUCAAUCGGCUCUACCCUUGGGUAUGGAUCUCAGAUUGUGAAUCGAGUCUUGCUACAUUCCACAUAUGACUCUCUCUCUCUUUAUUCUAGGCCCCAGGAAUGAAAGAGGUCGACUUAAAGAGCUCCACGAAAAAAAACAGCAACAAGUGUUCCGUAGUGUAAAAGUGCUGAUUUGAAUGGGUGCUGAACCCCUUUCUUUCAUAUUAAGACGAGGGGAUACACCAGACUUCCUAAUGAAAGGAAACACAAAUUGGCCCGCUAGUUAUUACAGCUUUGUACAAACCGGAUAAGCUCAUCGCAUUCAGGAGGUUUUACCCCACUUGUCCUCUCCUUCAGCCAAACAUUUAAUUUGGAACCUCUCUUCCUGAGAACCCAACUAGUGACUCUUGUGGACCCAGGCAAGGAUUAGGAGAGAGAUGAGGAUGUAAUGCAGACUUUUAAAGAUCACCAUUGUGAAGUAUAUAUACAAAUCUGGUAGCAUUGUAAACAAUUUGUCAAUCUUUUUGGGAAUAAGUGACUUGAGCAAGGUCAGAAUUUAAGGCAAGUGGGGGACCAUGAAAUGUUAAUCAAAAGGUUUAUAUGGAAUAAGUAUUAGUGGGUCGAGGUCGAUCUUUCUUUAUAAACUCCAUAUGUUUCAUGGGUAACAUAACACUAAUAUUUUGGAAAAUGGGGUACAUAUGCCUUAAAGCCCUUGCCUCAGAUAUUUAUGGUCACAUUCUUACAGUCUGGCAGAUAUUCUUUAUUUGAAAUGACAACGAUCCUGUAAUAUGGUGGAGAUAUAAAUAGUGAGGAUUAGUGGAAUGCGGUUGCUUAGGAUGUGUUAGAAGGCGAAGAAUAUUGAGGAUGUAGUAAGAGACCAUCAAUAUUGUAGAGGUCACAGACAUAAAGUGUGGAAGUGGAGGUGAUCAGUAUUAAGGAAGUGAUGACUAUAAAGAAUUUAGGAUGGUGGGAGUAAUAUGGUCAAGAUGGAGGAGGAAAUAUGUCUAGAAAAGGUGAUUACUAAGGAUUUAAAAGGAUAUGAGAUAAUGGAAUAUUGAGGACUUAAGAGGAAGAAAUGCAUAUUGAGGAAAUGAUAGAAGAAUGUGAUUGCUGAUGGAUGAAAGGAGUAAUUCGAGUGAUGGAGGAAGAGACAUGUAUUGAGUAUGUGUAACAGAGGUUUUAAUCUACGAUCCGACAUUUAUAAAAGACAGUGUUAAUGGAUUUACAAGAUGCGUCCUCCUGCUUUAAGUUUGGAGUUUAAUGCUGGUUGUUCUACAUGUUUCUCUGCUACUAUGAAUGCCUAACUACCACAUAAAGGGAUGUUCUACAACAUGAGUGUAUAUUAAUAAAGUUCCUCACCCCUGGGUUCUCUCGUGAAAUAAUUGGUUUGUCAAACAAAGACGUGACUAUAAACUUGGGGUUUGACACGUUCUAGGCACUUGUUAACCAUGGACGCAAAUGUUUUCGACUUCUGGCUCUUAAAUGUAAACUAUUUUUAUUAAUCUAUAUGAAUAUAUAAUUCCCUGGAUGAUAGAAAUAUUAAUGUCCCAAUGUUGAGGUGAAUUACUAAACAUAGAACUGUAGCUAAUGGAAAUCCAAAUGACAAACAGAUGAUUUAGAGAAUUUCUUCAGCUUAAUUUUGCAGUUUGGCUUUGACUCUAGAAUUUGGAAUUUAAUGACUAACCCUGGAGGCAGUAUCCGUCAGCCUCGUUCCCCCACCUUCCCCCCCAUACAUUAAUGAAAAGCUGCCAUCCCAUAAUUAUAAUAAAAAUGUAUAAUAAAUAUAUUGUCCAUUUCUAAAGGACUGGCAAAAUUCACAUCCGCUUACAGAACUCCACAAUAUAUUACAAUCUGUGAGAUGGGGAUGAAUAGGCUUCAUGUUAACAUGUAAAACCAGAGAGAAUAAAUGACUACUAUGCUGACACGCAAAAUGACUCCACCAUCUCACCCAGCACAGAUUCCAAAAGACGUGUUCCGCUAUCUAAUUAUCUGCAGUGUUCCAUAGGAAAGUUAUGCAAUGUCACAGCAUACCCUAUGACUGACAAACCUUUAACAUGGCAAGAUAUUGUGAUCCUAUGUGACUACAAUAUGAGCUUUUCUGUUUUUUUUUUCUUAAAUUGCUUUUACCUUUUGUCUUCCCAUCCAUUCUUUUCUUUUAUCACCUAUAAAUGGAAUAGUGGGAUGUGUGCUUUGGCGCAAGACAAGUCUCUGUUCUCCAUAAACUGAAAUAAAUUUUGGCUCUAUUUUAAACUGCUCAUCUGAAGUUACACAGCACAGAGUAUCACAUGGCUAAAUCCACUGUUCUAUGUGUGUGCUCUUUUUAAAAAAAAAAAUUUAAAAAAAAUUAAGAAUAUAUUUAAAAGGGGAUUUUCACUCUCAGUAGGUUUUUUUUCUCCCAGUUGCGAAUAACUUAAUUUAAUAAUUUAGAUAUCACCUAUUAAUAGUGAUGUCCCGAACGGUUCGC